AUGGCAGCAUGGAUAGAGAAGCAUUUAUCCUCGGCAGGCAAGGAAGUUCAGAUUAAAUCGGUGGCUCAGGCCAUACCAACAUACAUUAUGAGCGUGUUCCAACUAUCAUCGGCUGUCUGCGAGGAACUGGAACGGGGAAUACGAAAUUUCUGGUGGGGUUCAGAAAAGGGGCAGCGCAAAACCCACUGGAUCGCCUGGGAUAAAUUUACUCGUUCCAAGGAUAGAGGGGGCCUGGGCUUCAGGGACAUGAAGAUGUUCAAUCAAGCACUACUAGCGUGGCAGGCAUGGAGGCUUGUGGCCUUCCUGGACAGCCUGUGUGCUCGUCUGCUAAAAGCGCGAUAUUAUCCGAAUGGUGAUCUCCUGGACACGGCUUUCCCGUCGGUUGUGUCCCCUACAUGGAAGGCCAUUAUGUUUGGCUUGGAACUCCUGAAGAAAGGUGCUAUUUGGAGAGUUGGUAAUGGGAGGCAGAUUAAAAUCUGGAGGCAUGCAUGGAUCCCUAAGCCAAUUUCGCUCAGGCCGGGAGGAUGCAUUCGGCCUUGUCGAUUAAAAUGGGUGCACCAACUGAUUGAUGAGGAUUUCCGCUGUUGGAAGGAGGACGUGCUCAGACGUUUCUUCUAUCAUUUUGAUGUGGAGGAAAUUCUAAAAAUCCAGAUUAACCAGAAAGCUGCAGAGGAUAUGAUCGCCUGGCACUAUGAAAAAACCGGUCUGUUCUCUGUGAGGAGCGCGUACCGGUUGGGCGUUAGACUGAAAGAAUUGGAGGGAAGUUCAGACUCCUGCAGCGCCAACCCAGAUGGUGCUAGGCCAGCGUGGAAGAAGCUCUGGAAGCUCCCAGUCCCCCACAAAGUACGUAUAUUUGCCUGGAAGUUGAUCUAG